UUCUCCUGCGGUUUCCUUUUUCUUAUAUAGGGACGACGGCAGAGGAGAGAGAGAAAGAGGAAGGGGAAGACGCCCCGUCUCUUCCUCUCCAUCGCUACUCCCUCCCUCCCUCUUAUGUCGCCAGCUGCCAACUAUCAUCAGCGUUUCUGUCGAUACUGAUGGACGCGAAGCCGCCGCUCCCCUCUUCUGCCUCUGCCUCUGCAGGAGGUAGCUUACCACCUCCGAAACCUUGGGAACGUGGGAGUAAUUUGUCUGGCCCCACUCCUUUCAAACCUUCAGCCCCUGGCAAAACAAGUGAUGUGGUUGAGGCAUCAGGUACAGCUAAACCUGGGGAAGUUGUUACAAGCACUGAGAGCAGUAGCACUGUAAGCAGGGAUGCUGUUGGGAGGCCUCUACCAACGAGGCCAUGGCAACAAAACUAUGGGAAUAGCUAUGGAGGUUAUAAUUCUGGUAUGAACUAUAACUCAAAUUAUGGAUCUGGAAUGUAUGGUUCAUAUGGUGGAUAUGGUGGUGGACUAUAUGGUGGAGGCCUUUAUGGUAAUAGCAUGUACAGAGGCUAUGGUAGUCCAUAUGGAGGUUCAGGACUUCUUGGUGGUGGGAUGUAUAACAGUGGAUUUGGAGGGCCCAUGGGAGGUUACGGUACAGGCGUUGGUGGUCCCUUUGGUCAGCAAGACCCAAAUGAUCCAUUUGGACCACCUUCAUCACCUCCAGGCUUUUGGGUUUCUUUUCUUCGUGUUAUGCACGGGGUAGUUACGUUCUUUGGACGGAUUUCCAUCCUUAUUGACCAGAACACCCAAGCAUUCCAUAUGUUUAUGACAGCACUUCUGCAGCUAUUUGAUCGUGGGGGUUUAUUAUAUGGGGAGCUUGCUAGAUUUGUAUUGCGAUUGUUUGGGAUCAGAACAAAGCCUAGGAGCCGACCUCCAUCAGGGUCCGGCAUGCUUCCUGGCCCAGAUGUCCAAGGACAUGGCCUCCUCAUGCAGGGAACAAAGGCUGCGUCGAACUCAUGGGAUAAUGUGUGGGAGGAUGAUGCUAGUAAACCAAGAUAAAGGAGUUGAUGCAGAAUGAUCGGGCAGAUUCAAAAGCAAAUCCAUCACUUUCAGCCAAGCUAUGAAAGUACUGGCAAGAACAGUUUCCUACUGCAAAAUUGGAAGGAGAUCUAUGCCGCUGGUAUUCUCCUGCUCCUUCCGUGUGUCGCUUUAGCAUGUUAGAGAAUCAGUAGCACCAUGAUGAUUCACUUGUGCAUCAUUAAGUGUCUGGGUCUAUAUGACUGCAAAUAUAUUUCUGCUCUUAAAUUGGUGAGAUAUGUAAAGUGAAUACUAGUGGUUGGUUUAUUUGGUAUGUGUAGUCGCAUAUGAGCAUAAUAUGUACCUGAUACACUGAUGGCCGCUGUUUUGUCCUUAUAUUUUGGAGGUGUUCUCUGAUAAUAAAUAAACGGGUAAGCAGGCGUGAUAUCA